ACAGCCCUGAUUUCAUGAUCUAAUUGGCUUCUGUCUGCGAAUACGUCACGAUCAUGAUUAGAAUUGAUGAUCGGAUGUUUAGAUUUCGUUGUCUGGCUCUGGGACUGCUGAAGAAAUCUGCUGAAUUAGAGCGGUCGUUUGAUUUGACGACAAAAACAGAACCUCAGGGAGACAAAGACACCGCACCCUGCAGCCCAGAAGACUGAGCUAGCAUGACCAGCCAGACCACCACAACCCCCGGACAGAUGGACAGAUAGGCCUACGGCCAGGCAGCAGAUACUAUCUGGCCCUGCUGCCUAGACCUCACCCCGGCCUGGCCCUGCUUCCUAGGCCUGGCCCUGCUUCCUAGACCUCACCCCGGCCUGGCCCUGCUGCCUAGACCUCACCCCGGCCUGGCCCUUCUCGUGGUUCUGCUGUAUGGCUGAUCUGCCCCCCUGCAGUAGCAGCAGUAUGGAGGAAUGGCAGGAGAAACGAGGUCUGCAGACGAUGAACCUGCGGUCUGUGUUCACACUGGAGCAGCAGCGAGUCCUGGAUAGCUACUAUGACAACGGGAUGACCAAUCAGAGCAAGAGCUGCUUCCAGCUGAUCCUUCAGUGUUCUCAGGAGACCAAACUGGACUUCAGCGUGGUGCGGACCUGGGUGGGCAACAAGAGGCGGAAGCUGUCCUCCAGGGCCGACCAGAACACAGGCAUGUCCCACUCCUUUUCCUUCUCCAAUCACAGCCUGGCUGGGGGAGCUCUGUCCAACCACAUGCUAACAGGCGGGGCUCUAGUGGCGGGCACAAUGCUGACAGGGGAGAUGGCGGCAGCUCAGAAUAUCCAGAGAGGAUCCUCCCACCUCCCUCCAUCCUCCUCCUUCCCCUCUGCCUCCUCUUCCUCCUCCUCUCCUCUCAGCUCUGUCAACAACAACAACGAUGUCAUCCUGACAGGGAUUUACUCUCUAGGCUCCACUUCUCGUUCCCAGCCCACUGUUAAGCCCCUCUCCUGUCACUCUGACCCUGAGCUCCCUGCACAUGUCCAUCAAACUCUGCUCAACCAAUCACAGCACAGGAGGAAUAGUUAUGUCUCCUCCCCCCUCCAGCUCCACUCUAGAUCGGGUACCAUGUCACUUCCUCGCUGUAAACCCCUAUCCCUCUCCUCUUCCCCCUCCUUCUCCUCAUCCCCCAGCCGCCCCAUCCACAAUCUGUCCAAGAGGUGUGGUUUCACCACUGGUGGGGCAGGGUGGGCAGUAGGAAGGGCUGGGUCAGGGGGGGGGGUACCUCGGAGCUGGGCUAGACAGUAUGGUUCUCUCCAGUCCGGCCCCUGUCCCUCCCAGGUCCAGCCCACGCCUCACUCCAACCCCCAGACUCCCCAACCUCACCCCCCAAGGCCCCAUCCUUCCAACCCUCCCCCUUCAGACCACUCCCCCCACAUUCAUCAGGUCUUCAGCCUAUUAGAGAGGGGGGAGGGGGAGGGACUAGGACAAGGACAGCCUUCUGAUAGCAGCAGGCAAGAGAGACACAGACAGUCUACCCGCCCCUUGGAUGCUAUUGGCUGCCUCUCAAUCGCCAUGGAGACGGGUGAUGAAGAGGAUGAGUGGCGGAGGGAGGAAGAGUUCUCCAACAUGGCUGCCACGAUCCACGGGGACCUCCAGAGAGGCCUGGGGGUGAGGGAAAGCCUCAGCCCCAGCAGCAAACGGGGAUCUGGGGGUAGAGACCACACAUCCCCCUUCCUGGUCCUCAGCAGCUCCAGGCCUGGUCCAUAUCCUCGGGACAGCUACCCAGUUACUACAAAACUACAGACCUCCCCUAGUAUACAGCUACAGGACAGGACCCAGUUCAGUGAUGUGGACCUGGGCCAGUUGAAGCGGUACUGGGACCGAGGGAUGAACAGUCUGGGUUCUGUCUACAGAGAGAAGAUCAACGCAGCAGCCAAUCAGCUCAACGUAGACACUGAGAUAGUCAAGACGUGGAUUGGGAACCGGAGGAGGAAGUACCGUCUGAUGGGCAUAAAGAUCCCGCCCCCUAAAGGUGGGCUGGCCUUGUUCCAGGAAGGGGAGAAGUCUCCCUCUGCACUGAGUUCCGAUGGAGAGGGGCUUAGAACGCCCGAGCUGGGAGACAACCUAAACGAUGGAGCGUCCUUCUGUCUGUCCGAGGGUGAGACGCGAGCACACACACACACACACACAACCUCCCCAAGUAGCAGUGUCCAGUGUGACAGUGUUUGUAUUUUAGAUGGGACCAGUCAGUCGUACCAGAGAGAAGAAGAGAACGGAGUAGAGGAGGAGAGCAGCAGCGCCCCCAUGGCUCACAGCGUGAAGAUAGAGGUGAUUGAUGAUGAUGAUGAUGGUGUUGAGAUGGUCGGAUCUGAUAUGGAAAAUAUGCAGAACCUCCUGGAGUUUAAGCUUGAGGAGGUGCAGUAUCUGGAGAGCCAACUAGAGAAUCAGAAUCAGAGAUAUUAUGAGUUGGAGACCUUCACCAAGAGUCUUCUGACCGCUGUAAGGACCAACAACCUGGACAGACAACAGGAGCUCCUAGCCAGUCUACCUCAGCCUGCAGAUCAGGACUGGGACAUGAGUCCAGAGGGAGGAGCCAACUCCAUCUCCAUAACAACACACUCUGCAGACAAUCACGAUUCCCCGUUGGCCGCCAGGAGCAACGACGAAACAUCAUUGGUCAACCCCAACAAGGACCUCCCAUUGGUCACUCUAAACGAAGACGGUUCAUUGAUUGCUGAGCUCAACGAGUCGUCUGUAUCAGAGGAACUAGAGACUGAGACCGGACCAGAGUGACUGUACUGACACACACAAACACUCCACACCCUGUGCCUGUGGAAGGAUCCUAAACUAACUGUGCUGGGCUCACAAUGCCUUUUAUAUUACUUAUCACUACGCCUUGUCUGGUCUAGUAUCAGACACAACAAUAAACAGACUCCAUAAUAACUGA